AUGGAUGAUAUUCCUAUCUCAGGAAAAGAUGAACAAGAACACAUGCAGAAUUUGUCCGAAGUAUUUCAAAAGUUACAGCAACCUGGUUUCCGUAAUAGAAGAGAAAUCUCAGGAAUCAGAGUAUCAAAUGAAAGAGUUAAGACAAUGCAAUUGAUGAAAGCACCUAAAGACCAGUCAGAGUUACGAUCAUUCUUAUCUAUGCAUCAGUUGUUAGUGUGUGACGGAUGCGUAAUGAAACGUGCAGAAGAGCCUAGAAUAGUGAUUCCAAAGGCAAUAAGGGAACAAUUACUAUCAGAAUUGCAGAAAGCACCCGUUGGUAUGGAGAGAAUGAAGAAACUUGCACGGAGGUUCAUAUGGUGGCCAGGUAUCGACAGAGAUAUAGAGAACCACCAGAAGUACCCUUACAUCCAUGGGAGUUUUCUGAGUGCCCUUGGGCAAGAAUUUACAUUGAUUUUGCCGAAUCAUUUUGCAAAAAUGUGGUUUGUUGUGGUCGAUGCGUUUUCAAAAUGUCCUGAGGUAAUACAGCUACCUGAGAGAGCGACUUCAGCGAGCCAAACCAUUACUCAACUUCGUCGCAUCUUCGCAAGGUUUGGUAAUCCGAAGCAAAUCGUGUCAGAUAAUAGGCCCCAAUUCGUAUCGUCAGAAUUCAGAAAUUUCUGUAAGAAACAGGGUAUUCGUCAUACCUUAGUACCUCCCUACCAUCUCCAAAGCAACGGGCAAGCGGAACAUUUUGUUAAAACGUUGAAAGGGGCAAUCAAGAAAGGCAUGGAAAGCGGAAAGGCAAGUUUGGAAGAGGUAGUGACAGAUUUUUUGUCAGUCUACAGAAAUACCAGCCAUAACACUACAAACGUUUCUCCAGCCAGACUCCUAAUGAAUAGGGAUCUGCGAUGUCAACUGGAUUUACUAAAGCCGCCACAAAAGUCCUCAGUGUUGACCAUGACUUUGAAGGAAACGGUGAAAAAGGCUUAA